AUGGCAACUGAGCAGCAGGCCAUGAACGGGUCUUUUGGACAGCAGACUCAAGCCUACGAGCACGUCUACUCGCAACAGAACGCCGCUCAGGCUCCUGCCCACACGACUUCGGGAUCGUCCAACGCCAACGGCGCCUCCGACAUACCCAAGGACGAGGUCGGAUGGUACUUCGUCGAGCAGUACUACACCACCCUUAGCCGUUCGCCCGAGAAGCUCUUCUUGUUCUACAACAAGCGCUCUCAGUUCGUCUCUGGCGUCGAGGAGCAGAAGGUCGAUGUGUGCGUCGGCCAGAAGGCCAUCAACGACCGCAUAAAGGAGCUCGACUUUGAGAACACCAAGGUCCGCAUCACCAACGUCGACUCCCAAGGAUCCGAUUCGAACAUCGUGAUUCAAGUUAUCGGCGAGAUCUCCAACAAGGCCCAGCCCCACCGGAAAUUUGUCCAGACCUUCGUUCUUGCUGCGCAAACGAACGGCUACUUUGUUCUCAAUGACAUCUUCAGGUACAUCCAGGAAGAGGAGGACAUUGCCGAGGAGGAGCUGGCUCAGGAGCCCGCCGCUGUCCCUUCUGGUGUCGAGGAGCCCGUGCCCACCGCCGAGGAACCUGAGACCCAGGCUGAGGCCCCCGAGACUGUUACCAAUGAAGAGGAAGUUGCUCAGGUCGACGACAAGCUCGAGGAAGUGAAGGAGCAAGAGCAAGAGACUGAGCGCAAGGCCUCGCCACCUCCCGGACAGGUCAACGGCACUCCGGUUCCCGAAGCCGCCGAGGUUGCUCAGGCUGACGAGGCUCCCGCUGCUGCUGUUUCCACUACCGAGGAGGCCCCCAGCGCUGAGGAGGCGCAAGCUGCUGUUGCUGAGGAGGCGGCCGCCGAGGCCGAGAAGCCCCAGGACCCCUCGCCGACUCCUGCUGCCCCCGCUGCGGCUAAGCCUGCGGCCGCUGCCGCUCCCGCUGCCCCCGCCAAGCCCGCCGUUCCCAUGAGCUGGGCUGCGAAGGCUGCUGCUGCUGCUGGUAACCGUGCCGUGGCUCCCGCCGUUCCUGCCGUUCCUACUCAAGCUCCCAAGGCUGCGCCGGCCACUCAGGCCAAGCCUGCUGCGGCUCCUGCUGCUGCGGCUUCUUCCGCUGCCGGUAGCUCCGCUGCUCGCUCUGGAUCUCCCGCCGACACCACGCAGGAUGGCUGGCAGACCGCCGGCGCUGAGCACAACAAGCGCCAGUCCCGUGUCCAGAACCAACCCCCUAACGAGUCUGGCACCGUUCGCGCCUACAUCAAAAACGUCUUUGAGUCUACUGAUGCCGAUGCUCUGAAGGGUGUUCUGUCCAAGUUCGACAAGAUUACUUACUUUGACGUCAGCCGUCCCAAGAACGCUGCCUUCGUCGAGUUCGCUACUCAGGAGGGUUUCCAGGCUGCUGUUGCCGCUAACCCUCACAAGGUCGGUGACGACACCAUCUACGUCGAGGAGCGUCGCCAGCCUGGCAACUUUGGCCGCUUCCCUGCCCGCGGCGGCUCCAUGCGUGGUCGUGGUGGUGCUGACCGCCCCGGUCAGGGCCGCGGUGGUUUCAACAAGGACGGUGGACGUGGCGGUUUCACUCCCCGCGGCCGUGGCGGUGCAGCGACCCCCCGCCGUGGUGGCGGUGCUGCCGCGUAA